CGCUGUAUCGGCGGCGCUCGUCCAAUGAGAGGGUCCGGCGGGGGCGGGGCCAGUGUUUUUUGUCGGCCGGAAGAAGCUGAGAGAGAGGGAGAGAGACGGAUCGGUGAUUGUUCAUAAUAUGAGCGAUGUGUCGCCAUCACCGCUGUCAAUCCUGACUGAGAGACAGACAGACAGACAGACAGACAGACACCAGAGGAGUCCCGCUCACCCCCUCGGAGCUCCUCUGCUUCCCAGCAGCUCAUUGAUCUCACAACCCUUGUCCAGUCGGGUCUGAAAAGGAUCCCAGGGGCUUCGACAGCGGGGGAUGUGAGGAAGACUGCCCUGACCGUCGCGCUGCAGAGAGAGAGAGCUGCUGUCAGCUGCCUUUAAGAUUCUUGAGAGAGACUCUGAUCUGGUCCGGUUGAUCUCGGCUGGGCCGGUCUCUCUCUGUGUCUCCUUUUCCGCACGCUUCUCUCUCUGGGGUGGACCUGAAGGCCCGUCGAGGAAACGCCUCUGUCGCCUCCGUCGUCUCCGCGGCGAUGGAUUUCCCGUGCCACAGCAGGCAGCUGCUCCAGAGCCUGCGGGAGCAGCGGAGGCGGGGCUUCCUGUGCGACUGCACGGUGCUGAUUGGCUCCUCCCGCUUCCUGGCGCACCGCGCCGUCCUGGCCUCCUGCAGCCCGUUCUUCCACAUGUUCUACACGGAGCGGCCGGGCAAGCGGGAGGGGGCGCCCGUGAACAUCAACUCGGAGAUCGUCACCCCGGCCGCGUUCGGGCUCCUCCUGGACUUCAUGUACGAGGGGACCCUGCGGCUGCACCCCAGCCCGGCUGAAGACGUCCUGGCGGCUGCCAGCUACCUGCACAUGAACGACGUGGUCAGGGUGUGCAAGAGGAGGCUGCAGGGCCGGGGGCUGGCUGAGGCUGACAGCACGAGGAGAGAGGAGGAGGGGGGCGGGGGCGGAGGAGGAGGAGGAGGGGGGGGGGCGCGGGCGUCUGAGGGGGAGGAGGAGGAGGGGGAGGGGGUUCAGAGCUGCGGAGGCGCUCAGUGCUGUGGUGUCGUUUGCUGUAACAGCAGCAGGGUUGAUAACGGCCGCCACGCUCCUCGUGAUUCGGGCUGCCUCGGUGAGAACGGUCCGGAGGGCUGCAGGGGGCCCGUCGCUGCUGGGAGUCGUCUUCAUCGUCCUCCUCAUCAUCGUCAUCAUCAUCAUCAUCAUCAUCACGGCGUCGGGGGUCCCCGAGCGGCGAGCGGUUCCAGAGGGUUUGGGGGGGAGGGCGCGGGGGCAGUCAGAGCCCAGGUUGGGGGCGACGCUUGUGAAGUCCGGAGGGCGGAGGGAUCGAAAGACUCCUCCACUCUCCCCGACGCGGCAGACACCACCCAGCCCGGGAUGGACCCGGCCGAGGGAUCGAGGGGGUGCUGCUUCGGAGCCGGGACGCAACCCCCCACCCCCACUCCCACCCCCACUCCCACUCCCACUCCCACUCCCACCCCCACUCACUCCGCUCUGGCCAGCCCGUGCAGCUCCAGUGAAGUCCUGCUACUGCAGCAGCAAAACCAGCCCCCUGAGGCCCCGCCCCUCAGCGUAGCCCCGCCCCUUCGUGUAGCUCCUCCCCUCCCCGCCUCCCAGGUCCCUCCCUUCCCUCCCCCCGCCUCCUCAAACUCCAGCCAACAGCAGUCGAUUCACAGCAGCCUCCCGGAUCAGCAGAGGCAGUGCGGGAGUUCAGAGCCACGCAGCACCGGCCUCCCGCCACCAGGGGGGGCCCCGGAGGAACAGGAGGAGAGCCGGGAGGGGGAGGGGGAGGAGGGGGAGGAGAGGGUUUUCAUCACAGGGGAGGGGGAGCAGGAAGAGGACGAAGAAGGGCUGGUGAAAGUGAAAGUGGAAGCCAUCAUCAUUUCCGACGAGGAGCUGGAGGACAUGGAGGUGAGGAUGGGGAGCAUAUUCGAGGGGUGCAGACCGGAAUCGGAGGGAGAGGGAGGGGGGUCGGGGUACGGGCUGGAAUCGGGAGGGGAAGGGGAUGAGGAGAACGGCUUCCCCCUUCCUCCUCCCCCUCCCCACCCUCACCCCCCUCCCCACCCCCAUCACUUUCUGCAGCAGCCAGACCCCCUCCCCUCCUUCCCUCUCGCCCCUCCCUCGUUCGGGCUGCUCGCCCAGCCGCCCCCCCACCCCUCCCCCUCGGAUCAGGGGAUCUUCUUCCAGGAUUUCCAGGACGCUCUGGGCUCCUACGUGGAGGAGGUGCCCACGUGCCGGGCUUGCGGCAAGACGUUCUCGUGCGCGUACACGCUGCGGCGCCACGCCAUCGUGCACACGCGGGAGCGGCCCUACGAGUGCCGGUACUGCUACCGGAGCUACACGCAGUCCGGGGAUCUGUACCGGCACAUCCGCAAGGCUCACCGCGAGGGCCCGCCGCUGAAACACAGCAAGAGCGAGCCGGCAGACCAGCAGCAGCAGCACCACCACGAUCACGAGCACGACCAGGACCACAUCCCCACGUAGAGCCGCUCUGAGAGCUCCCUGCGCGUCCCUGCCGCUCUGAGAGCUCCCUGCGCGUCCCUGCCGCUCUGAGAGCUUCGUGCGCGUCCCUGCCCCUCUGAGAGCUCCCUGCGCGUCCCUGCCGCUCUGAGAGCUCCCUGAGCGUCCCUGCCGCUCUGAGAGCUCCCUGCGCGUCCCUGCCCCUCUGAGAGCUCCCUGCGCGUCCCUGCCCCUCUGAGAGCUCCCUGCGCGUCCCUGCCGCUCUGAGAGCUCCCUGAGCGUCCCUGCCGCUCUGAGAGCUCCCUGCGCGUCCCUGCCGCUCUGAGAGCUCCCUGCGCGUCCCUGCCGCUCUGAGAGCUCCCUGCGCGUCCCUGCCGCUCUGAGAGCUCCCUGCGCGUCCCUGCCGCUCUGAGAGCUCCCUGCGCGUCCCUGCCGCUCUGAGAGCUCCCUGCGCGUCCCUGCCCCUCUGAGAGCUCCCUGCGCGUCCCUGCCGCUCUGAGAGCUCCCUGCGCGUCCCUGCCGCUCUGAGAGCUUCGUGCGCGUCCCUGCCCCUCUGAGAGCUCCCUGCGCGUCCCUGCCGCUCUGAGAGCUCCCUGCGCGUCCCUGCCCCUCUGAGAGCUCCCUGCGCGUCCCUGCCCCUCUGAGAGCUCCCUGCGCGUCCCUGCCGCUCUGAGAGCUCCCUGAGCGUCCCUGCCGCUCUGAGAGCUCCCUGCGCGUCCCUGCCGCUCUGAGAGCUCCCUGCGCGUCCCUGCCGCUCUGAGAGCUCCCUGCGCGUCCCUGCCGCUCUGAGAGCUCCCUGCGCGUCCCUGCCGCUCUGAGAGCUCCCUGCGCGUCCCUGCCCCUCUGAGAGCUCCCUGCGCGUCCCUGCCGCUCUGAGAGCUCCCUGCGCGUCCCUGCCGCUCUGAGAGCCCCCCCCCCCCCGGAGGAGUGCAGCCUCUAACACCACCCCCCCCCCCCCCCCCCAACACACAGGAUCUGAGGACUGAAACCAGACAAGGACACAACGUGACUCUGUGAAAACAAUGGCAUGAACUCGUUAUUUGCUGAGACGGGACUUGAGAGAUCGUUUUCUCUGCAGUGGCUCUGCUUGGUUUGCGUACAGCAUUUAAAAAAAAUGUGUAGAGAGUGAUUUUUUUUUUUUUCUGUAGAACAAAAAAAAAAACACAAUAUUUAACUUUGUGUACUUAAAAAAAUAAAAAACACAACAUUUGUUUUAUUAUAUAUAUAUAUAUAUAUAAUAGAGGGGCUUCAGCGAGUUACAGGAUAAUAAUUCCAUCUAGGGUUUCUGUCAUAAACUACGAGAGCGAGGGCGGAGUUUCUAAACUGUCACAGAACCCCGAGAUGGAAUUGUUUUCCUGCGACUCUCUGAAGAGGCCCGUCUGUUAUUUUUUAUAGUCCACGGAUACCCCUGUGAUGCUGAUAUUCAUGAAGACGAGGUUCAGCAGGACAGCUGGGUUGUUUUUUUAAACGUGGUGUUUCAGCGCUGUCCAGACGUUCUGUGUCGUUAUCUGUGCUUCAGCUUGAUUUGGAUGAUCGCCUUUACCUCGUUUUAAUUUCCCGUUCCUCUCCGGUUUCUCUGAGAUACGAAUGUUCCAGCUUGACAUCAUUUUUAACAUAUUCUCAUUCUGUUGAUCAUUAAUGAACAUUUCUGUGCUGUGGGUGUUUGUCGAGUGAUUGAAAACGAGACGUUUUGUGUUUUGAAUUGAAAGCGACGGUCUCGAGGAGUCGAAGGGGUCAGAAUUCAAGAAUAUUUUCCUCUCGAGGAAUUGUCAUUUUUUCAAAUGGCUCAGGAUGCUAAUAUAGCCUUCAUCCCUGUAUUAUAUACACUGAGCAUCAAAAGAAACGCAUCCCUUAUAUUUGGAUAAAAUUCACCAGAUGUGAUUGAAUAAUGACACUCUGUUUCAGAGCAGGUGAGGCGACUUUUUACUGAGUUGAUUAACAAUGACAUCACGAAGACGCUGCAGAAUGAUCUGUGGAUC